AACUCUCGGGACUAUGGUGAUUCUCACAGAGGAUCCUGAGAUUUCUGCAUUCUGAUCAAUGUCAAAUGCCACUGGAUUUGUGCUGAGACUCUUGCCAUAGAGGAUGGCAAAAGGCCUCUUGGUGACCUAUACCCUUUGGGCUUUCGGGGGUCCUGUUGGACUCCACCACCUGUAUCUGGGAAGGGACAGCCAUGCCCUGCUCUGGAUGCUUACCCUGGGAGGUGGUGGGUUGGGCUGGCUCUGGGAGUUCUGGAAACUCCCAAGCUUUGUCGCUCAAGCCAACAGAGUCCAGGGUCGGAAACAGAGGCCAGGAGAGGGGAGACCACCUCUGAGUCUCCUUCGCUUUGUUGCCCAGAUGAUAGUGGGUAUCUAUUUUGGUCUCGUGGCUCUGAUCAGCCUUUCUUCCAUGGCCAACUUCUACAUUGUGGGCCUUCCGUUGGCAGUUGGCUUGGGGGUCUUGCUAGUGGCCGCUGUUGGCAACGAGACGUCAGACUUUAGGAACACUCUAGGAGCAGCUUUCCUCACUUCCCCUGUGUUCUACGGCCGCCCCGUAGCCGUCCUGCCCAUCAGUCUGGCUGCCAGCGUCACGGCCCAGAAGCAUCGCCGAUACAAAGCUUCCGCGGAGUCGGAGACCAUUAGCGUGCGGCUCUACCGUCUGGGCUUGGCUUACCUCGCCUUCACAGGCCCACUGGCAUAUAGUGUCCUGUGCAACACAGCUGCCACCCUUAGCUACGUGGCAGAAACCCUUGGUUCCUUCUUGAGUUGGUUCAGCUUUUUCCCGCUUCUUGGCCACCUCGUGGAGUCUGUCUUCCUUCUGCCCUGCCGGAUCUGGUGGCUACUGGUUGGGGAUCCUGGCUUCAACAGCAGACAGUUCCAGGAGUGGGAAAGGCUCUAUGAAUUUGUUGACAGUUUUCAGGAUGAGAAACGUCAGCUGGCUUACCAGGUUUUGGGCCUUCCAGAAGGGGCAACCAAUGAAGAAAUACAUCGGAGUUACCGCGACCUGGUGAAGGUCUGGCACCCGGACCACAACCGGCACCAGACGGAAGAGGCCCAGAGGCACUUCCUGGAGAUCCAGGCUGCGUAUGAAGUCUUAAGUCAGCCCAGGAAACCCAGAGCAUCCUGGAGGUGAAAAGCAACAUCGAGGUUGGACUCACUGUCGGCAGAGCUGGGCAGCAUAUUCACACCCUGGCAUCCCAAAAGUGUUAGAGAGGCUGCUUGCAGCAGAGACGAGAACUUUAAAGGGAUGAGAAAGUUUAUGGUAGAGAAUGUAUUUAUGUUCUGAAUUUCUAAGUUCUUGGCUACUGUAUUCUUGACUCUAUUUUCUUAAUACCAUAUGGUGAAAGGUAUAUUAUAAAAUCAAUAGAAUAUCUUUCAAAGAAUAACCCACCAUGUUCUAUCACAGUACAUUGAUGUAUGAUGGAGGAAGAUUAUUUUAAUGUUUAUAAAUGUGUAAAGCACUGGGUUGGGAGACUGAAAAAUAUGAAGAUUCUAAUAUUUCAAAUACUGUCAUAUGACAAAAGGGAUUCCAAGAGGUAAGACAGGGGUUAGAGAUGUCAAAGUCCCAGAAAAAAAAUGUUUUUAUUCCAUUUAUACUUUCUAGUUUUAUACUUUUCCCAAAAGGAACAAGUUGCUGUGGCAUGGGCGAAUCGCUUCUAAUUGGAACAGUGUUGUAGAGUCCCUCAUGGGCUUUGAACGGGCAGAAUUCUCAGGUCUGUUCAGGACUUGAAGUCUGAUUGUGAGCAUCAUGCCUCUCUCUCAGGAGCAUCUAUUCCCAGAGGGGAUCAUAACAUGGGUAUAGAAGUACCAAAGUCUGCCCUGUUCUCUGCUUUGAACUAAAUGUCAUAGGACUAUAAAUGACGUAUUGGGGUAUUGGAAGAGGAGCAGAUAAUGUUAUUUUAUGGGGAUCUGUAGACCAGGCUGGCCUGGAAUUCACAGAGAUAAACCUGCCUCUGCCUCUGGUCCUGGGAAUAAAGGCCUGUGCCAUCAUGCUUCCAAAGUGGUGGUGGUGAGUUUUAAUUGUCAACUUAACACUAUCUUGAAUUACCAGAGAGAGAGAGAGAGAGAGAGAGAGAGAGAGAGAGAGAGAGAGAGAGAGUCGUCAUUGAGGCAUUAUCUAUAUGAGUUUGGCUUAUGGGGAGUCUGUGGAGGAUUUUCUUAACUAGGAUAACUGUGAAGUGGGAAAACCCAGCUUGAACGCAGACAGUACCAUUUUCGUAGACUGGGCCCGGGAUUGAAUGAAAAAGGAAAACAAACUGUGUACCGGCGUGCACCCAUUCAGGCUCUGUUCCUGAUUACGGAGUCCGUGUGACCAGAGCCCUCGAGCUCCUGCCUUGACUUCCCACAUGAUGGACUGUGCCUCGCCUGGAAGCUGAGAGGAAUCUCUUAAGUUACUCUUGUCAGGGUCUUUCAUCACAGCAACGGGAGCCGAAACUAAGACAGGACUGACGGAAAGAUUCAUGAUUCUAUAUCUCGUGUGUCUUUAAGGCAACUCCGGGAAGCCCCGGGGAACUACCACUUUGUGGAUUUCAAGGAGGCCUUAUUGAAUUCCAACUGGAUGUGGAAAAAGAGGACAGGAUGUUUCCCUUUGCAGUGGAAGACUGAAGACCAGAAACAUGUUAA